AUGCAUGCGGUCGGCCUGCACUCUGCGCUUGCGAUCCGCCGCGAGCGGAAGCGUCGAGCUGAGCAACAACGCGCUAAGGAAAGGCGCUACUCCCUCCAGUCUACGGAGUCCGGUGUGACAUCUCCCCACUGCUCCACAGGCAGUCUUGAGCGACGUCGCCACAAGAAAUCCGGGACCGCCGACAAUGAAGUCGUCUCUUCUGUUGGCAUGCUCCACCUUGGAGUCGUGUUCCUCGUCCUGGGAGUUUUCCUCGUCGCCUCUGGCUGGCUUCCAGAUGAUGUGACAGCCUGGAGCAACAUCGGAUCUGUAAGCUGGUUUAACGAACUCGUCUGUUCUGGACUUUUUGCUCUAUUCAUUGGAGUAUUUUUAAUUAUACUUCACAAAUAUCUCACUAAGAGCGAAGAAGACGCAUUAGAAGACUACGUUCAAAAACAAUUGACUCGAUCGAGGUCUGGACAUAGACUGGAGAGGGACGCAGAGACGGGUGGAAUGCGUACAAAAAAUGCUAGACGUGCCCGAGCUACAGAAGUAUUGCCAGAGCCUAUUACAGAAACUUACACUGAGCCUCCACCCGAUAGAGUGCACGGGUUUGUCAACGCCCUAGCGCUGAACGGAGAUGCGAUGCGAGAAUUGCCAUUGGAGCAAAUUGUAGAAGAAGAAACAUCAAUGGCCUCUGAGAGUGAGAGAAGAUUUGGGAAAUUUAACAAGGACACGUAUUCAACUCCAUCUAUGGCACCCAGCCUAAGCCCUGGAUCCCCAUCUGACACGAGAGAACUCCUAUCAGACGGACGCUACAUGAUCAUGUCGAAGAUAUGA